CAGCAUAAAAGCAGGUCUGGCUGUAGAUCUGCUAUCCACUUCGUCCAGAAGCAACAUGAAGGUCUUCCUGCUAGCACUGUUGGUCGUACUGAUGUGCAGCACCCAGGUGCACACACUCAGAUGUUUCGUCUGUGAGGGAGAGGAGGGCUGCGCCACCGCCACAGAAUGUCUCAACCAUGAGAAAUUCUGCAAGAUGUCUUUCACAGAGACUUCCGUGUCCAGAAGCUGUGCGUCUGAGUGCAAGAUGGACGAGAACCAGGACUGCUGCAUGGAAGACGAAUGCAACCACUAGAGUCCUCUCCAACCACCACACUUUUUAAUCAAAGGAAUCAUUAAAAAACGUUAUGCAAUGUAACAUUAUAUACCAUAUGGGCUAGGUCACUUGGUAAUCAGAGAGCAGAUAUUCUUCAUUUGUUUCUUCGUUAGUUUGAUUGGUCCAGUUUUUCUUGGAAAUAUGCUAUAAUGCAUUAAACUAGUGCAAUUAUAAUCAAACAAGAUGUUGCCUUUU